AAUGGAUUUUUUGUUCAAUCUCAUAUAUGAAUCUUAGACAAUUCCUUUCAGAUAAGGUGUCAAAUUUAAAAACUAUAAUAUGGUCUCAAUGUAAUAUAUUAGAUUUAUAAUAGUAUCUCUGUUUGUGCAUACAUUUUAGCAUUAAUUAUAAAUGGGACAAUUGGAGUAAAAACAGGAAAAUCUACAAGUGACAGUUAUCAUUUAGUAGUAACACCUCCUCCUUGGGCAUUUUCUAUUUGGGGAAUCAUAUUUAGUAUUAAUUGAUAUUUAAUUAAUAAAGCCACUACAUUAAUAGCAUUGUUAUGGAGUAUUCAUACUGUGUCUUGGAGUUUAGAAACCCAUUUAUAUUUUUGGCUUUAUUGCUUUACAAUAUCAGUUUGGAUAUUAUUAUGGGCUGUUGUUAGUAAAAUAACAAUUCUUUUAUGUAAAAUUGUGCUAAUUUUAUUAACAAUUGUAUUUAUAAUCAAAUCAUAACAAGAAUAUUUAUUUACUUUGGAAAAGUACUUUGGUUUUGGAUAAUGAUGAUUUGUCAAUAUAUUUGAUGAGAGGAGCAAUAGCAUUUUAAUUGGGAUGGACUUCAAGUGCCUAAUGUUUGAAUUUUUGCAUUUGUUUAGUGCAUGUUUUUGGUGUGACACAAGAUAUGAUAUCCAAACUAGUGUGGGUAUGUUUAAUAAUAGCACAUUCAAUCUAUUUGUGCUUAGCUUAUUUUCAUUCUAAAUAAUGUAGUCUAAAUAUAAUUAUGUAUCUUUAGAUAACAAAAAUAUGCUACUUAAUUUUGGAGGUUACUUGUUGAGUAUGACAUGGGCGAUAAUGGGAGUGGCUAUUUCUUAUAAUAAUUAUAGUUCUGGAAGGGCUAUGAACAAAUUAAAAUGACUU